UUUCUACUCUUUUUUUCUUAUUGCUUUGGAAAUGGGAAGUUCCACAAGUCAAAGUUUACAUGUUUACAUCACAUGCCUCACACUCACUCACCCAAUGGAUCUGCAUUGAAAACCGUGUUUGAUCUUUAAUGACUAAUACAGGCCAUUGAUAUUUUGAAAUUUUCAAGAUUAAUUGCUAAUCACUCCCUUCAGAGUUGUUUACUUUGCAUAUCCCACUCUGGUAUUUUGAAAAUAACUUAAAAACCCCUCAAGUUUGUUUGGUUGUGUACUAAUAGAUAGAAAGUGUUUGGAAGGCUGAGUUGAGUGAUGAAAUAUGAAAUUAAUAUGACAAUUUGCUAGGUUCUAACCUCGAUCAACAAUUGACAACUAAACAUGAGUGUUGCGUUCGUUGCGCAACUCAACUAAACACCUUAAGGCAUGACAUAAAUGUACAAAUGAAUGGAAUUGAGUUAUUUAACACCAAUUUACAAAGUUAGUGGGCCAAAGCGAAACACCCUGUCAAUGAUAAUUUCUACACAAUUGACACAUAUGGGUCUUUGUUUGGUGUUGUUUUUGUGAAAGGUAAGUGAUAAAAGGGUAUGAGUUGAAACUUUUCUUAACAUAAGGGCAGGAUUUGCAAAAUAUAGAGAAUACAGGAGUGUAACCUGCAAAUACCCUAUCUUAGAAAAGACCCUACAGAUUGUAUCUAGGAGUAUAGAAUAUAGGAGCAAUCAGAGAUUUGAGUAGAAUAUUGCUCAAAACAGAAACAAAUGAGUCAGUUGAAGACAAAAGUUGAAAAUUUGUUAAAAACUUAUAUAAAGAGGCAGUCCAAGUUGUUAGAGUUGAAAGACAAACAAGACAUUGAUUCUCUCAGAGCUUCACAAAAAAACAUGAAACCUUUGAUCUCCAAAUCAUUGUUGGUUCCAAUUCUCUACACUUUUCUACUUCUGAUCUUUUCUUUCCAUCUUCACACUCCUACUCAAGCUGCAAGAAUGCUCCUCCCCUUCCCGGGUUCUCAUGUUGCUUCUACGUCAUUACCGUUACCGUUAUCGUUAUCGUCGUCGUCGUCAUAUCAAGUUGAUCUUCUUCAUCAUCUUCCUCCUGCUGCUAGGAAGCUCGGUGAAACCUCAUCCUCUACUUCCACAAGCCUUCGCCGAAUACCUCGUAGUGGCCCAAAUCCCACACAGAACAGAAUGAAGCCUAAGUUGAGAAGCUAAAUCUUAAAGGGAUCAAAGAAACAGAUGUUCAAAGGACUCUCAAAGCCAAUCAUUAUUCUACUUUUGUUUUUUAUACUAAGGAAAAAAAAUCCAUAGCAAUAGAAAUACAUUAGAAAACUGACUGUUACAUACAUGGCUUGAUUAGAACUUCUUGUGUAUGUGUAGAUUUCCCAAUGUUAAUAAAACUUCUACAAUUUUGAUCUGUUUCUUGAAA